UAUUAAUUUAUUUAUUUUGGCCCCUCUAUAGGGCAUGUAGGAUCUUACUUUCAUUACCAGGGAUCAAACCUGUGCCUCCUGCAUUGAGAGCGCAGUCUUAACCACUGGACCAUCAGAAAAAGUCCCAGUCUUUCCUUAUUUCCUGUUAAGCUGAUGUCUCUGUUGUCGGGCAAUUGAAAAAUAUUUCUCACAGGGAUUCUGGAUUUGGUUCUUAUUCAUUGUCGCAGCUUGAGAAACUCACAUGCUUCUAACUCAAGGCAUUUCAGCAAUGUGUUUAUUUAUCUCUGCAGUAGGUACAGAUCUUAGAUAUGCAAGAAAUAGUUCUGGGGAAAAAAAAAAAGCACAACUUUAUUUCUGUUUUGAGUUAGUUCUGCUGGUUAUCUCAAGCACUUCAGAGAUCUCUAUUCCCUGCCCCAGAUUGUUUUUUGCAGUUUUAAAUAUUACAUAAAUCAAUGAAAAAAGAGUGUAAACACUGUCAUUUUUUUUGUAGCAUUGUUAUUUUUAUGAAAAAUAAAUGCUUUGGCCUCAAAAAAAGGCUGUUGCAAAAGUACUUAAUUGGGUAUCACAACUGUAAAAGGUUUAGGAAAUUCUUAAGCAUUAAUUGUAAUACUGCUUUCGGUUUUGAAAAUGUCUUUAAGUUCUUAUUCUGUUUUAGAGGAACCAAAAUGGAAAUGUUACCGAACCGAACUUGGGUCUGCUCGCCUGCUGCACAGCAAAGCCAGUCUACUGACACCAGGUUGUAAAGGAAACUACAGCUUUUAUUUGCAGGGUGCCAACCAAGGAAAAAAGGCAAUUCGUGUUCAAAAGAACCAAACUCCCUGAUGACUUUCAGGAAGUGUCUUUUAAGGACAACACAACAUUUGGGAUGAGGGUUGAUGGACUUUUUUCUGAUUGGUUUGUGGUGAGAUAAUUGGGUGAUGGCUCAGAACUCUUAAUCCUUAACCUUCUGGUUCCAGCCAGUCUACCUGCUUUCAGUCUACCUGCUUUCAGCAUGUAGUCAGCUCCACCCAUCCCUGGCCUGAGUGUGGGAGGGCUCUUAGUUUCUGCAAAAAAAAAAAAAAAGCUGGAAGUUAUGCUUCAGAUUAUUAUAGACACACACACACACCCACACACACACACCCCCUACGAUUGUUUUAUCACUGAAAUAUUGUUUAAGCUAUACUUACUUUUCUUGACUAACUGCUUUUCCUUUGGUUCUGCAUUCUCAUUUCCCUCUUUGCUUUUUGGAACUCAGGGAAGGUCUAGGAGGCUAAAGCCUUUUUCUACAAACAAGAAAUUGGAGACAUGGAGGGGCUUUUGCACCUGGGAGGGCCCCUCAGGGUCCUGCUGGGUCUCAGUACCCCCCUUUUCUUUGAUACUUACUGCAGUCCUAAAGGGACCAGGGGUGGGAUAAGAAAGGGAAUAAAGUUUUGGAUAGAAAGGUUAAUUAUAAAAGUCAUUUGAGGAACUCAGUUUUAGGGGGACUUGGUUUCAGUAACUCCUUGAGGGUAAAUCAAAUGUGUUUAUGAAAAUAUGAAAAAAGACUCGGAACUCAAGCUGACUUGUCCACAAAGAGACCUCAGUGAAGCAAAAAUGCCCAUCUUGAUCUUAAAUCAAGAGUGUAUUAAUUUGUAUGUUUUAAGUUGGAUAAAAUAUUAAGGUUAUAUGUGUAUGUAUUUUACAAAUCAUCUUAUUGACAAAUUUUUAAAAAGUUAACUCACCAACUGCUGGGUCUUUUCUUGUUAGGCAAGAGGACUUUUAUCUUACACUGAUAAAAUGAAAUAGUAUGUAGUCUAAAUAUUCUGUUUUGGAAUUAUAUAUAUUAUCAUAUAGAGGUAUUCAUCAUAUAUGGUUAAAAGAGAGGAGACUAUAAAACAGAAUGGGUAGUAUCAUUCCAUUUUUGUAAAAACAUGUUUAGAACAAGAUUAUAUGGCAAAUUGAAUGGUGGGUAGUGGGAUUAUGGCUGAUUCCUACGCUCGCUCUUUCUUAAUUUUUAUAAAUGUGCUAUAAUUUUGUUUUACUUUCAUAAUAAAAUAAGUCAAUAAAUUUCAUAAUAAAAUUAAUAAAAGUCAUUUCUUAAAAAAAGUUAAUGUGUGUUUUCCUAAUUUAUAAGCAUAAAUGGAACUAAGUCUUUGCUCUAAGGGAUACUGACUCUUUGAACUUAAAUGUUUUGGGUAUUAACUAAUUCUUCAAUAUUCUAGGAACUGGCGCUGAAUAGUUUAAAGCUAUAUUCCUAAUCCUGUGAAAAACAUCUUUGAGUAGGGAAGAACUGUUUUUCUAGAAUUUUCUUAAAGCACUCUCUGAAUACACUGCUUUUCAAAAAAUUUAUAUGCUGCCUAAAGAUAUGGUCUAAAUCAGGGGUUCCCAAACUUUUUGGCACCCGGGACAGGUUUCGUGGAAGACAGUUUUUCCACAAAGAAGGGGGUGAGGGAGAUGGUUUUGGGAUGAUUCAAGCACACUGCGUUUCUUGCGCACUGAUUUCUUUCUUUUAUUAUUGCAUCAACUCCACCUCAAAUCAUCAGGCAUUAGGUCCCAGAGUUUGGGGAUCCCUGCUUUUAAAUCCUAUUAUGUCAAACUUCAGUCUGCUUUUCUUGCUCUAAUGCCCCUUAAAUUCUUAAGUGAAAACGUAGCUCCAGCUGAACUUGUCAACUUACCAUCUCCAAAGGUACCUUGAGCUUUCUUGCUUUUGUACUUUUAUCUCUGUGAUCCUUGGAAUAUCUGUUCCUGACAAUUGUGUCAGCAAAUUCUUUGCGGUUCCCAAUGUCCAGUUAUAAAACCAUAUCUGCUAUGACAUCCUGGUUCCUACAGCUAAAACUGAAUUUUGCAACUAAACCCAUUUGCACGUAUUAUUUGUGCCUAGACAUUUCUCAGAUACCACCUCAUAUUUUUAUAUUUAUUUCCCAGUUCCAUUUAAACUUAUUGAGAGCAAGAAAGCUUGUCUUGUAUUUCUUUCUAUCCCUUCAUGCUCCUAGCAUGGACCUUUAACCAGGGUAGGAGCUAAAUGUUUAUUCCUUGAUCAGACAAUGGUGUCAGGUGUUGAGUCCAAGUGUUGGAAUUUUUUUGCUAACCAGUGAUUCUGGAUAAGGGAUUGGGGGAGUGGGGGAGUCAACACUUGGCUCACAACAAUGUGGAGGAAUAAAACAUUGAUAAUUUGGCUGAACUGUCAAUUGAUAUAGAUAGCUGAUAGGGAAAUGACAGUAUUUUUUUUUUAAACUAAAACUAACACAAGAGCUAAGUGUUGGUGUGGUUAGUACAAGACCCAAACUUAAAUUUCACAUAAAUAUUUCUUUGAAAAGUUUCUCAUAAAGUUCAUUUUGGGUUUGAUGGCGUCUUUGUUCUUAACCCUACCAGAGGCACAGGUGUGCCUUGCGUUCUUACAGCUACUGUUCCGAGAACCCAGAGAUGUGAAGUAUUUGACGGUGGGUUCAGUGAACCAUCAGAGUUGCUCUGUUCCAGGACGUCUUAAGAGGUCAUGUGGGAUUCAGUGAGUCAUAGCAUAUAAAAUGCUUUGUGUUCAAAAGUUAAUUUUCUUCUGUUAUUGGAUACAUAAUUGUGUCACUUUUCAAAUUUAAAUUGUGACUUGAGGGUGUUUAUUUAGUUAAUGGUAGACACUUAGAGGGCUUAUCUUUUUUUUUGUUGUUAAACAGUUUUAUUUUGAUUUAUAGAUGUUUGCCAGGACUAAAUAUAGCUGAUGAAAUAUCUGAUCUUUUCUGCUCAAGGUAAAUGAUUUGUUACUUUAUAAAAAUACCAGGUACCAAUGGAAUUCAGAGUUUGUAUAAAAAGAGCCAUUUGGUCAUUUAAUAUCAUCCCAGGCCCCAAAGAAAUGGUACCUUUAAGGAUUUUGUUACUACAUGAAAAAUGACAUGUUAUUGGUUCAACCUGUAUCAGAAUCAUCUUGGAACGUUUUAAAUUUGUGUAAUAUGCAUGUGCCUGCUUCCUACUAGGGGAUUUUGGUUCCAUGUUUUUGGGGUCCUAGCAUGUGAAUUUUUGAAAAUGCCAAUGGGUGCUUUUGGUUUAUUAUAGGUCUGUUUCAUUGUGGCAUAUAUAUGGCACUAGAGAUAAUGGAAAUGGCAGGUAAUAAUGCCUUGGGAGUUACCAUAAGGGUUAAAGAUAAAAUUUAAAUUUUGCGCGCAUGUGUGUGAGAUGGUUAACUCAUACUUUCAUUUUGCCUUUUAUUCAAUGAAUGUUUUGAUUAUAUUUUAAAUAAAGCACUUAAAAGUUUAUUUAACUAUCUUCAGAGUUUAGGUUUAAACUCUAGAGUUAUCUCAGCCUGAAAAUUGCCAUAUCUGUGAAUGCAACUUAAAGUUUCUUUUAUUUUGUUGCUUCAGGUUAAUAAGUAAAGGAAAUUAAAGGAAAAAAGAUCAAAUUUUAAGUAAAUAAUUUUUUUUAAUAUUCUUUAUUUCAGAGGCUGAUUUAAUUGAUUUAUUUUCCUUAUAAGUGAGAAGUCAGACACUAUCAAAGUUUCUCAUAAUAAAAAGUAAUGGUUUGAGUAUUCAAGGACAAUUGCCAUCUGACUUUGGUUUUUCAACAUGCAGAACAGAUCAGGAUAUUGCAGUUUUUGUUGUGUAUUCUAUAAUAACCUGGAGCAGCAUCUAUGCAGUGACUGUCACAGAUCCUUGAUCACACAGAAAAGACAACGGAUGGGUGCUGCUAGUUUGAUGGAACGUUUCUUGCGGGAUGUACUGCAGCACCACCCAUGUCAUUAUCAGGAAAGCAGAUCACUGCAAAAUGAGAGACUUCAUAUGACUACUGUGUCACCUUCAGAAGUGGUUCCUAAUGAUGAUUUUAGUCCUGAAAUAAAGACUGAGGAUGCUGCUGGAGUCAGAGAAGAGAUAUCUACCAAGGCAUCUGAACCCAUUGAAAAGGUGUAUUCUAGGCCUCAGGAAUAUAUGCAUAGUGUUUCAGAUCGACCAUCAGUUAUUCAAAAACUGGAGAAAGGACAACAGCAUCCCUUGGAGUUCAUUCAGAAAAUUGGGAGCAGUAUGAAAGAGUUUAAUCCAGUUGGUGUUAGUCACAGUACAAAUAAUAGACAAAGUGUAAUAUGUUCAUCAGUGAUUUCUAAUGCUCCUGUUAGUUGUUUACCUGAAAGUUCUCAUGAAAGACCAGUUACAACUGACACUACUACUGGUUUAUCACUUGGAGUCCAUUUGGAUUUAGUUAACAAAUGUGACCCAAACAAAGCUGACAAGUACCUAGAACAGCUAAAUAAGGGCUCUAGAAACCCUAUUCUACCAUCCCAUCCAGAAACUUCUUCAGUUCCGUAUCAGAAACCUAAAGAGUUAAACAGAAAGUCUUUAUGUAUAAACUCAGAUAAGUUGACCUUUCAGGAAGAUGUAAAUUCUCAGACUAAAGCUUUGUCAACUGACUUUAAAGUCCAUGAAUUUGUGGGUACUGAAAACUCUUUAAAAUUGGAAUCUCUUUCUAAAUUUGCAGUAAAUCCAGUAGUCAACCUAAGUAAAACUGACAUGCCUUCUAAUAAAGGAAUCUUGGAAGAUGACAUUCCAAAGCACCAUGAGAAAUUCUUUUCUAAUAUUGAUCAUAACCAGGAAGGAAAGCAUUUGGUUUUUAACAAGUCAGCCUUUUGGGAGCAGAAGAUCGCAGUGAGUUCUGAAAUGAAGUUUGCUGGUGGCUCUCUUCAGUCAGCAUCUGAUCACUGUGAAGAGACUGAACCAGACCUUGGGAAGGGGGAGCAGAUUGACCAAGAAGAUAAGAACUGUGGAUCAAGAGAUUCUGCAGUAAGUUUUGAUGGCACUUCCUCUUUUUAUUCACUGAUGGACCAAUCCAAAGUGACUGUUGAAGAAAUAAACCUUUCAAAGGAAGUACAUACUGAUUUGCAAUAUAAGAAUAAUACAUCUUAUAUUUCUGAAAGAAGCUCUGAUUGUGAUGACUCCCUUCAGGUGACUACCAGCAAAACUCAAGUGAAAGAUGAAAGUGUUCAGAAGGUAAUGCAUAUUAGGCUGGUUGAUGAAAGCUAUGAAUCCAGCGAUUCUGAGAUGAAUUUUGAUUGUGAUGCUUCACUUCAGUCAACUGAUGACUGCCGCCAACAGCCUGAGAAAGAAGUAAACCUUCCUAAGGGGGUGCUCGUUGGCUUGGUUGAUAUGAACUAUGGAUCUAGUAGCUCUGAAAUAAGUGCUGAUUCUAUCUUCUCGCUUCAGUCAAUGCCUGGCCAAUUCCCAGUGACUGUCACAGAAACAGAACUUCAGAAGAAGGUUCACAUUAGCUUGGUUGAUAAGAACUAUGGAUCGAGUUGUUCUGAAACAAGUUUUGAUUGUGAUGUUUCUCUUCAGUCAGUCUUCAACCAUCCUCACAUGCCUGUCAGUGAAAGAAACCUGGAGGAUAGGCCUGUCUCUCUAAAAGAUAGUCAUUAUAAACCCAGUAGUGCUAAAGCAUAUCUUGAUUGUGAUGUCUCUCUUGAGAGCGUGUCUGAUGGACCUCAGAAGGAUGUUGAAAAUAUCAGUCUUCGGAAAGAAAAGAAUGACCUUGUGGAUAUGAACUGUGAAUUUCAUGGUCCUGAGAUAAAGUUUCAUUUGAUGAAAACAGAUCCUCAGUUGGUGCCUGCCCAAUCCCAAGUUGCAGUUAAAGAGGUAAACACUCAGGAAGUAGCUGUUGACCUGGAGAUCAAGAGUAUUAAGUCUGGCAUUUCUGAUCUCAGUUUUGAUUCUCACCCUAUGGGCUCUUGUGGUGAAAUAAAUCUGAAAGCAUUAAAUGUUGACAUGGAAGUUAAGAGCUAUGGAUGUUCCAGUUGUGAGUCUACUUUUGACUCCGAUUCUUCUUUUAUGUCAGUUUCUGAGUAUCCUGAGCUGGAUGUUGAAGAAAUAAAUAAGAAGCAUGUUAACUUGGAAGAUGAGAGCUUUGAAUCAAUUAGUUCUGAAAUAACUUUUUAUUCUGAUAGUCCUCUUCAGCCAGUAGUUGACCAAUCUCAAGUAACUGUUUAUGAGGAAGAUCCUAUUGAUCUGGAAAAUAAGAGUAAUGAAUCUUGUGUUUCUGAAAUAACUUUUGAUUCUGGUGUGCCUCUUCAUUCAGGGACUUAUCAACCUGAAGUAGUGGUGAAAGAAACAUUCAUUCAGAAAGAAGUGUGUACACACUUAGGAGAGAAAGAUGAUGCACCCACCAGUUCUGAAAUGAGUUUGGCUUCUUAUAUCCCUUUUCACUCAGUGAUUAAGCAGCCAGAAGAAGCUGUUAAAAACCUAAAUCCUCAAAAAGAAGAGUGGGUACACUUAGAAAAUAAGGGAAAUGAAUCUAGUGAUUCUGAAAUGUUUGAUUAUGAUAUUUUUCGUUCAAUGACUGGACAUUCUGAAGAUCCUAUUAAAGAAAGAAACCUUCAGAAAGGGGAGAAUAUACACUUAGAAAAUAAGGAUAAUGUACCUGUUGUUUCUGAAAACAGUUUGAAAUCUGGUAUUACUUUUCAUUUAGUGACUGGUCAUCUUUCUAUAGCUAUUAAAGAAAUAAACCAAAAAGAAGAACAUGUGAAUUUAACAGAUAAGAGUAAUGAGUUAAAAGUUUCUGAAACAAGUUUGGAUACUGAUACCCCUGUUCAGUCAGUGACUCACAGACCGGAACUGAUUGUGAAAGAACUAGGGCUUCAAAAAGAAAAGCAUGCUAAGUUAAAAGGUCAAAGUGCUGAAUAUAGUGGUUCUGAAAUAAGUUUAGAUUCUGAUUAUUCAAUGACUGAACCUCAAAUAACUGUUAAAGAAAUAAGUGUUCAGAAAGAAGAACAUGUUGUUCUAGAGAACAAGAGUGGUAAAUAUAGUAGUUCUGAAAUAAUUUUGGGCUCUGAUGUCCCUCUUCAGUCAAUGAAUGAAAAACCUCAGACAACUGUUUUGAAGGACGACCAUGUUGACCCAAAAGAUGAAAGUACUGGACCCAGAGGCUUUGAAAAAAAAUUGAAUACUAAUAACCUUCUUCAUUUAGUCAUUGACCAACCUCAACUAGUCCUUUUGAAGGAAAAACAUGUUCAUUUGGAAGAUACAAACAAUGAAUCUAGUUAUGGUAAAAUAGAUUUUGAUUCUGCUGACCCUCUUCAGCCAUUGACCGAACAAUAUCAGGAAAUGGUUGAAGAAACAAAAGUGCAGAAAGAAGAGGAUAUGAGCCUGAAGAAUAAGGUUGAUGAACCUAAUGAUUCUGAAUUAAUAUAUAAUUCUGAUGUUUCUCUUCCAUCUGUGUCCAGUCAACCUAAAGUGGCUGUUAAACAAAUAAACCUCAAGAAUGAAAAUCAUGUGUACUUGAAAGAUAAGAACAGGCAAGAUAGUGGUUUUGCAAUGAGUUUGAAUUCUGAUCUCACGGAUCAGUUAGUAGUUGAUCAUCCUCAGAUAACUAUUUUGGAGCAAAAGCAUACUGAACUAGGAGAUAAGCACAAUCAAUCUUGUGGUUCUAAAAUAAAUUUUAAUUCUGAUGACCCCUUUCAAUCAGUGGCCAACCAGCUUAGACAAACUGCUAAAGAAAUAAGCCCUUGGAGGGAUGAAGUUGACAUGGAAGAUAAGAGAGAUGAACCUAAGCAUUUUGAAAUUGUAUCUGACUCUGAUGUCCAUUUUCAGUCAGUGGCUGGCCAAACUGAAGUUGUUAAGGAUGUAAACCUUCUGAAGGAGCAUGUUGACUUGGAAGAUAAGGUUGUCAAACCUAGUGAUUCAAAAAUAGACUUUGUUUCUGAUGGACCUCUUCAGUCUGUGGCUAAUGAAGUUCAAGAGGCUGUUACAGAAAUGAAUCUUCUGAGGGAGGGACCUGUUUGUCUGAGUGCUAAGAGCUAUGAACCUAAUGAUUCUGAAAUAAUUUUUGUUUCAAAUACCCCUCUCCAGUCAGUGGUUGAGCCACACCACGAUUUGGAAGAGCAGCAAACCAAUUUGGAAGAUAAAAGCAAUGAUCCUUGUGGUCCUAAGAUAAAUUUUGUUUCUGAAUAUCCUCUUCAGUCAGUGACUGGCCAGCUUCAAAGAAAAGCUGUUAAAGAAAUAGGUCUUUGGGAGGAAGACCAUAUUUACCUGGAAGAUAAGAGAUACAAACUAGGUGAUUUUGAAGUAAGUUAUGAUUCUGAUGUUGACUUUGUAGCUGGUCAUUCUGCUGUGGCUGUCAAAGAAAUAAACUUGCAAGAGGAGGAUCAGAAUGACCUAGAAAAUAAGAACUGUGAACUUAGUGUUUCUGAAAUAAAAUGUGAUUCUGGUGUUCAUCUUCAGUUAGGAGUUGACCAACCUCAGGUGGCUUGCAAAGAGAUAAAUCUUCAGAUGGAAAAGUGUCUUGGCAUGGAAGAGGUUAGUGAACCUAGGGAUUCUGAAAUAAUGUGUGAUUCUGAUGUUCCUCUUCAAAUAGUGAUAAACGAACUUGAAGAGUCAGACAGAGAAACAGAUAAGAUGCUGUUUAUGGACCUGACGGCAAGGGAUAAUGACUGUGAAAUGAUUUCAGAUUCUGAUGUCCGUUUUCAGCCAGUGAUUGAUUCACCUCAAAGGACUGCCAAAGAAAUCAGCUGUAUAAAUGCAGAAAGUUUUGACCUAGAUGAGAACUGUGACUCUUGUGAUUCUGAACUAAGAUAUAUUUGUGAAGCCUCUCCUCAAUCAGUGACAAACCAUUCCAAAAAGGUCUUCAAAGUAGUAAAGCAGAAGCAAGACUAUAUUAUUCUGGAAGAGACAAGCUGUGAGCCUUAUGUUUCUGAACUGAGUUUUCAAAUUGAUUCCUCUCAUCAGUCCAUGACUUACCAGUCGCAAGAAUCUGAAAAAAAAAAGACAAAAUAUAGUGACCCCAAAGAUAAGAGCUGUCAAUCUAGUGGUCCUAAAAGAAACUUUGAAUGGGAGGAGACUUCUCAGCCAGUAACUCAGCAAAAGCAGAAGGUUGACAAAGGAGUCAGCCUUUGGAAAGAUGUAGAAAAUAUUGGCCUAAAAGAUAAGAACUGUGAAUCUGGUGUUUCCACAAUGGAUUGUAAUGCAUCUCCUGGAUUGGUAAUCCAUCAAAUGCCUGAUCAAGAAAACCUUUUGAAGUUAAAACAUACUGAUCUAGAAAGUAUGAGCUGUGAACCUUGUGGUUCUGGGGUGAAUUUUCAACGUGAUCCUUCUCUCCAGUCUGGCAAUGACCGGCCUCAAGAAGCUGUUAAUAAGAUCAACCUAUUUAAGAAGAUGUCUUUUGACCAGAAAGAAACAAAUCAUAAUAAUUCCCAUUCAGACUCUGUUCCUGUGGUUGAUUCUAUAAGGAACUUGGAAAAAGCAAAGGAGGUCAUAGAAGAUGAUUUUCAUGAACUACUUCCUGAAGACUUGCCUCCCGUCCCUCCUUCAUUUGUGGGGAAAACGCGGUCUCAGAUAAUGAAAGAAGAUGAUGUGCAAAUGAGUGCUCUUGUGAAGGAAUUUAAGAAAGAUCAUUUCUACUGUUCCUUUGUUAGUGACUGUGAGAUGAGAAAAAGGAAAAAAAAAUUUUUGAAUGAAGAAAAAAAGAUGACCUGGACUGACCUCAAUCAGGACACCACAUCAAUUCAAAUUCUCUCAGAUUGUGAUGAUAAUAAGGGUGGUAUUUCACAUACUGAUGACUUUUCAGUGGCUUUAGAUAAACCUAACCAUCAUCCUUCAACAGAAAGGAAUCAUGAACAAACAUGGCAAGUGGCCUCUCAAGACCAGGCUAUAAAAGAUAGCCAUGGAACUCAAACCAAUCUCACAAGUCAACCAGGGACAAAAAGAAUUAGAGGACAAGAGAAAGACUCUCCAGUAAGGAAGUGUUUACUUUUACAAAACAACUGGAAAACAAGAGAGAAAGUUAAAAAAAAUGAAUUUCCUGAAUCAUGUAUUGGCGUUUUGAAGCCUUUGCAGGCAAAUACCUUAAUUUAUAUUCUUUCUUCAAAUAUUAAGUUGAAGAAAGGUGAAUCCAACCACGUUUCUAAAAGGAGGCACUGUAGUAGAAAUAAUUGGGAUAUUAACAUACAGUACAAAUUUAACCAGACUUCCUUUAAUUGUUAUGACCCAUUGAAUAAGCAAAUUGUAAUUGAUCCUCCUCUGAACAUAGAAGUACCAGGGUCUGACAGGAAUAAUUGUGUUGAAAUGCAUGUUAACCACUUAAAUUCUAAUGCAGAAGGUAAUGAUCCUUAUGUACAAAGCUCUGCAUCAGUACCUUUUAUGACAGUGUCAGUAGGACAUGACCUAAAGUCAGGUCAGGGGGCCAGUGAAUCUUCUGUGUUUCCAGAAAAAUCCAAGAUUUUUAGUUCUAGUGAAAUUUCAAGGGAAAGUAAUUUCCAGUCAACUUUUUCAAGUCGUGAUGUUGCCAAUACCUCAUCAAAAUCGUUUAGAAAAAAGUUUUUGAAAAAUAAAAGCAAAAAUCAGAGAAGGAAGGUAUUAACUAAUAACAAGCCGGAUUUUCCCAAAAAAGGUUAUAGAUCAGUUAUUCCCCAGCAAAAUAUCAGAAUUGCUUCAGAAAAACGGUCGAUUUGGAUUCAGAGCAAACUAAGUGAUAUAAUUAAAAAGUAUAUUCCAAAAUACUCUGUUUUUUUGCGUCACAAAUAUCAGUCCAGGAGCACUUUUGUUAGGAUGCAUAUUAAGAAGAAAAAAGCUAAUGUUAGUAGGUUAAAGAAGGUGAAGAAACCAGCUAAUAUGCUCUCAAACACCUCAGUUCUGUCAGCAGGAGCUGAAGAGCAGUCACGAGCUAUAGCAAGUUCUUCUCCUAAGCAACGUGUGCAGACCUCUUCCAGCGUUGCACGAAGUAAGAAGAAUGGUAAUAAAAAACACCCUAGAAGACAACAGAGAAAGCCGUGUAGACCUAUCAGAACAUAUGAUUUGAGAAGUUUGUUUUCUGGUGUACCGUAUUCGGAUAGAAUGAAGACUCGAUUCUCUAACAAAUUAUGAGGUAAUGAAGUAGACUAAAGGUGUUUCUGUUAAGGGCUGGUUGAAGAUUCAGUGCUUCAGUUGAAGUUAUAUUUGGCACUUAGUGUACAUAGCUUUCCUAACUGGUGGAAAAAAUGAACCUUCAUCUAUUUUGCUAUAGCCUUAUUUUUCAGGACUUUUAAUAUUCAUUUAAAAUUAGUGUUAGGGUUGUUUUUUUUUUUUUUUAAGUGCCCUUUGUCCCUUUGUUGUGGAAGAGCUUCAUCUUAAUUUAUAUUACAUAAUUUAGCACAAUAUAUAUAUACCCUUUGCUACCUUCAAUCGUGUCCCAUUUAUUUUUUAUGAUUGUGUCUCAUGUCAGCAGCUUAAAAUAUUGCAAGGAUGAAUGUGGCAAACAUACAAUGCUGUCUUCUUAUUUCCUUUUUAAAAAUUGGAAAGAUGACGAUGUAGUUAUUUUCUGUGUGUUUCAAAGUAGUGUUGUCAAUGUCAUAUUCCCCCUGGGUAGUUAGAAAGAAGUUCUAAUAGAUUAUCUCAGCCUUUGAGUGGGAUUAACCUAAAUAAUCACACACAAAAUACAAUUGAUCUUUCUUUCAAAAGUGUUACAGAGAAUGAGAUUUCAUUAACUUUAAUCCAGUUUUAAAAAAAACUGCCUGCUGAUUUAAAUACAUACCAGACUCCUGUUUCUUUUAAACUGUAUCUGCAGGGCUUCAACGUUCUUCAUUGAGAUACAUCCAUAUUGUAUAUAUACAAUAUUUGUAGGUUUUUCUUUAGCAUUACUAGAUCUUAAGGGGAAAAGGAUCUUGCCAGUGUGAUUAUGCUUUUCUACGAGCUUCCCUGGUGGCUCAGGUGGUAAAGAAUCUGCCUGCAAUGCAGGAGACCCAGGCUCGAUCCCUGGGUGGGGAAGAUUCCCUGGAGAAGGAAAUGGCAAUCCACUGCAGUAUUCUUUCCUGGAGAAUUCCAUGGACAGAGAAGCCUGGCGGGCUGCAGUCCAUGGGGUCGCAAGAGUUGAACACGACUUAGCAACUAAACCACCAUCACCAAUAAAACUGAUAACCUAAGUGUAGCCCCAUUUCGCUAGUGAAAAGCUGUAUUUAUUGGUUUGGCCUUCCUUCAACUUGCUAACUGAUUUUAAUAGUUCAAAUGAAAGAUGUCAAGAUAUGCAGUUUAGGUCUGACAUACUCAAAAAAUCUUUAGAUCUUUUAUUCAGGGACACUGGUUGUGCUGAUACAGAUUCAUUCAAUUAUCCUACUAAGUCAAGGAAACUGGAUCCUUUUCUGUCAUUGAUGCUAAAAGGGAAACAUGAAUUUCAGCUUCUAUAUUGUGUAAACCAUAAUUAAUUUAAACUUGAUCAGUGUACCAUGAUUUCAGAAAUAAAAAUGUGUUACUUCAGAAUUAAGUACAGUGUAACAGUUAGUUCCUAAAUGUAGCUUUAUUUCAGGGGCCAUUAUUUAGCCUGUGGGUAUGUUAUGGACGUUGUAUUGUAUUAAUAAUUUCUUUUAGGUCUGUUCAGCUGCUCAGUUGUGUCCGACUCUUUGCGACCCCAGCAUGCCAGGCUUUCCUGUCCAUCACCAACACCCAGAGCUUACUCAAACUCAUGUCCA